CUCCUGGAGUCUUUGACUGCAACGGUAUAACGACAUGGGCAAAGGAACCGACAAGCUCUACAUCACCCACUCCGAGUGGUCCUCGGCCGACUCCUUCGGCAAUGCGCGCGGUGCAAACGGCGCAAAUCGAGCCUCUGCCGCCGGCCUGUCUUCGACUUUCAAGCGUCUUCCGUUCAACUACUGCGCCGUCUCGCUGCAGCCCUUCACAGACCCCGUGUGCACCGCUUCCGGCACAAUCUUCGACCUCACCCACAUUCUCACCUGGCUGGCCAAGCACCCCGAUACAAACCCUACAGACGGCACAUCAUUGAAGCGUGCAGAUCUGAUCACACUCAAUUUCUCCAGGAACGAAGAUGGCGAGUACGUUGAUCCGGUUACGUACAAGGUCUUCACAGACAACACGCAUAUUGUCGCGCUGAAGAAGAGUGGGAACGUCUUUGCAUGGGACACGGUCGAGAGGCUGAACAUCAAGGCCAAGAAUUGGCGAGAUUUGGUCAGCGACGAUGUGUUUACACGGAAGGAUAUUAUCACACUGCAGGACCCGCAGAAUAUCGAGUCGCGCAAUUUCGGCGCAUACAAGCAUGUCCAGGAUGGCGACACAGUCAUGCCAGGCUCUGAAAGCGGCGUCAACAAGGAUGCUUUGGGAAAUGCGGCAAAGAUCUUGAAGGCAAAAGAGGCAGUUGCGAAAGCGCGCGCUGAGCGACAAGCGAAGGCGCAGGGCGUCCAGCCAUCGCAGGCUGUUGCGAUAGUAUCGAAGAACGGCACAGCAGCGCCUACGACAACAGCAGCGCCGAAGAAGCCAGCCUACAACGCCGCCGUCUACACAUCUGGAAAAGCGGCAGCCUCGUUUACGUCGACCGGUGUGACCCCGCACACCUCUGGCGAACGCGCUCUCCUUUCUGACGAAGACUACAUGUUGAAGCCCAAGCGCGUGAAGAACAAAGGCUAUGCGCGCAUGUCAACCUCCCUCGGCGACCUGAACAUCGAGCUCCUUCCCGAGCACGCACCAAAGGCUGUCUGGAACUUCGUCAAGCUCGCGCAAAAGGGCUACUACAAGAACACCAUCUUCCACCGCAACAUCAAGGGCUUCAUGAUCCAGGGCGGGGACCCAAGCGGCACAGGACGAGGUGGGCAAAGCAUAUGGGGCAAGCCAUUCGAAGACGAGUUCGAAGGGCCCAACCUGCACAACGCAAGGGGCAUACUGUCCAUGGCGAACAAAGGCAAAAACACCAACACGUCACAGUUCUUCAUCACAUACCGCGCAGUACCGCAUCUCGACCGGAAACACACCAUCUUCGCGCGCGUGGUUGGCGGGCUCGACACGACAUUACGGGCCAUGGAGCUUGCAGAGACUGGCGAAAAGGACAAGCCUGUGGAUGAUAUUGAGAUCCACGACAUCGUCGUCUUCGUAGACCCUUUCGAAGAGUGGCAGAAAGAGCGGAAAGACAAAGAGACUAAAGAGACGGAAGAAGCAGAGAUCAAGAGGCAGGGCGGCACGGCAGAUGACAAGACAACAUGGACCGGGAAGCGGAUACGAGCCGACGGGACUGUCGAUGGUGGGAGCGGCGAGGGACUGGGUGUCGGUAAAUACCUCCAGGCUGCGAAGCAGGAGAUUAUCGAUCAGGGCGAUGAUGAGAUCUUGGAGUAUGUGGACGAAGAAGAGGACGUUGCGCCGCCACCCAAGAAGGCGAAGACAAGGGGUUUUGGCAACUUCGAUGCUUGGUAGAAUUGCAUCUGGUCGGAUAUGCAAAAGUUAUACAAUGAUACCCCGAAUGAG